AUGAACCAUGAAAUCAGUGACUUCACGUUAAUCUUCGUCAGAUACACGCUAGUGCUGUUAUUACCGGUGAAUAUCAUCGGAAAUUCUUUUGUGGUUACUAUGUUCUUGAAGAUGAAAACUCUGACCCGUCAGUCCUCUGACUUACUGCUCUUCAACCUUGCAAUAGCGGAUCUACUGUUUGGAAUUGUAGUUUUAACCUGCAGCUUGGUAUUCCAUUUCGUUGGUACAGAAAUCAAUGAUUUCUACUGUAAGGCCACUGGUGGUGUGGUCUAUUUAAGCUGUGGGGUGUCUGUAUACACCCUGACAGUCAUCGCAAUGGAAAGAUCUAGAGCCGUCUUAAAACCUGCACGAGCUAGGAUAAGAAGGUCUAACAUUACAAGAAAUCGCAGAAUCCUUCAGAUCAUUUGGUUUACAACACUUAUUGUCAUCAGCCCUAUUUUCAUAUUUCUGAAGAAAAUGGACGUCUCUGACGACAUUGUCGAUUGUGGUUUCGUUCAAGACGCGGUCAUGGCUCGGUUUGGGAGAAUCUAUGACGCUAUAGUGGUACUUGUUCUUUUUUUAGGUCCCAAUUGCUUCAUUUGUUGCCUGUAUGGUAAGCUAAUUUUUAAACUUUGGUAUGACCGUCAAAUGCACCAGAAACCGAGACUUGCCUUGAUGCAUUCCCGAUGCAAACUGACCAAACUGUCCUUCGUAAUUAGCGCAGUAUUUACAAUAUGCUGGACUCCGUAUUAUUUCCGAACGCUGGUCACUCUCGUUUAUGGACAACAGAUGUUAGUUUUGAGUUUAGUGGUGUGUCGGGUUUUAGUUGUAGUCAAUUCUUGCGCGAAUCCCAUCAUAUAUACAUUACAAUGCCCUCGAUUUAGAAUUCAUUUGAGACAAUUGCUUGAUUGUAGAAACAAGAUAUCACCGCAUAUCCCUUAG